AAACUGCACCAGGCCAGGGAGGCCAGUAAGAAAGGGAGCAGGAGGAUACAACUAUUGUCUUCCUAAGUUUGUCAGCUGCCCAAGCACAAUGGCAUCCACCAAAGCAAAGACAGGACAGCCAAACCAAACCACCACACGUGAGCAGUUAUUGAAAGAAGAAGAGAUGUUAGAGAAAAUUCAUGAUUUUACUAAAAUGAUCAAAAGCUGGGAGCGUAGCUACGCCAUGAGCCUGCAACUGUUAGCACAAGAGGACAGGUGUUUUGAAAAGGCCAGGAAGAGGCAACAGGCAGAAAUGAAAGAAGAACUACACUAUGCUAAUAAACAACUGAUAAUGGUUCGGCGAGCAGCCUUACGUCAUCUCUUAAGCACUGAGCAUCUGCAAUACCAGCUGGAAUUGAACCACUUGGGCAAGUCAUUCUAUGCAGAGCGGUUGUAGGAAUUUGGCUUAUACAAGCCUAAAAGUCCAGAUCAUAUAAGCAUAGGUGCUUUAAUAUUGUACUUUCUACACAAAGAGGACCUACUCUCAAUAUUUAAAUAUCAUAUAAAAUAUCAUAGGAAAACAUUAAAGACUUUUUGUUUAAACAGUAUACUCUGAGUUGUCCCUAUUGGUUUUGAUACAAUUACAUACAUGUAGUGGCAGAUCAAACAAAUACAGGUCAAAAAUUAAUUAUAGUGCAAAUACAGUACACAAAUCAGUCAACGUUAAACAUUACAUCCUAUGGGUUGGAGAAAGUUUAAGAAAAUGCAUUACUUUCCAACUAGAACCAGUAAGCUUUGGAAAUGCUAAAUUUUAGUUGUGUCUUUGUGUUUGACCGUUUCUGAUAAAAGGUCAAAAUCUCAAUAAAAGCAUAUGUAACAAAUUAAAAUGCUGAAGAAAAGUACAUUUAUGUUUUACACAGCGCUGUGAUAUAAAGAAAUUAUAGAACAAUUCUGUGUUUCUUAUACAGUCUAAUGUUGUAAAUGUCUAGCUAAUUUGUGUCUGUCCCUUCAGUUAAAAUUUAUCAGUUUCCGUACAAACACCGUAAAUGCAAUGAAACAUAGUAAUAAUGUAACAAAAAAGGAGGUAAAAACUGCAUAAAACCAACCUGCUGAAGUUUGAAAAUUCUUUUAAAAAGCUUAGAAACAUUCUAAACAGAGUGGUUUGAAUUCAGUGUAAAGUUAGCUGAGUGAAAGUUCCUGCUAUUUCAGUUCCACAAGAUAUGCAAGCAAUUGUAUAACCACUUCAGUAAUCUUGUAUACAACCACUUCUACAAAAUAAAUAGCAGGUAACAUCACCUGUCACCAAACUGGAUCAUGACUAAGCACACAUUGUCUGUACACAUGUAUUUAUGUGUGAAUUUGGUAACCCAUUUGAAAAUGUAACAAGUUUAGGCUAGAUUUAAUACUUUGUAUGUUUUUUGGAGUUUUUUGGAGUUUCCAAGCACCUUGAAGGUUAAUACAGUAAUUGAAAUGCAACCACAUUAUUAAACCAUUCCUUUUCCCUGGGGAAUGAGACUGAUAGUAAACUAGAGACUCUAUGUUACAGUAUGACUUAUUUUUAAUUGACUGUGUCCACUGCAAAAAGACAAAAAGAACAGAUAGUAAAGAAUAUUCUAUUAUGCUCUAAUCUAUGAAAAAGCAAACACUAAUUGUUGUUUCAUUGAGAGUUGGUAAUGAUUAACUGAUGAAUGUUUUUUUAACCACCUGGAAGAUAAACAUGCAAAAUAUUAUGGUCACUGAAACUAUCAUGGUACUAAUAAUUCAGAAUAAAUGCUCCAUAGGGAGCCUAAAAAGACACAUUUUGUUUCUUCAUUCUCUCUACAUUUCGAUGUAAGGUCUUUUUCAGCAAGGCAUAUUUGUGAUACCAAAGGAAGUGCUAUUUCAAAAGUAGAUUUAUUGAUUGUGGACUUUAUCACAUGAGGCUGCUAAAGUGGAAUAACAGCAGGUCAGUAGUGUCUGUGUCUGUACUUUAUCAUACAAUGGUGUGACUGUCCUGUAGCUGUAUUGUCUUCCAUCCAUUACUGGAAUACUUAUUUUGACUGAUGAGCAAAAUCCAUGAAUGGCACUGUAUAGAUGGGCCCUUUGCAGCACGUCAGCGACAUGCUAGGGUUGCCUUAGGGUGGCGCGUGCACACGCCCCGCAACCCUAGCACAUCGUCAGCGUGCCGC